GCGGUGGCUGUUCCUCGAUCACGUGCCGGGGGUAGUGAAAAAGAAAGUAUCAAGAUGAGUAAAAAGCCUCCAAAUCGUCCUGGAAUCACAUUUGAGAUUGGUGCUCGUUUGGAGGCACUGGACUAUUUACAAAAAUGGUAUCCAUCUCGUAUAGAGAAGAUAGAUUAUGAGGAGGGGAAGAUGUUGGUCCAUUUUGAACGUUGGAGUCAUCGCUACGAUGAGUGGAUUUACUGGGACAGCAACAGGUUGCGACCCUUGGAGCGACCGGCAUUAAGGAAAGAAGGGCUGAAAGAUGAUGAAGAAUUUGUUGAUUUUAAACCUGGAGAAGAAGUCCUAGCUCGUUGGACAGACUGUCGAUAUUACCCAGCAAAGAUUGAAGCAAUUAAUAAAGAGGGAACAUUCACAGUACAGUUCUAUGAUGGUGUUAUUCGGUGUCUUAAGAGGAUGCAUAUCAAAUCUAUGCCAGAGGACGCAAAAGGGCAGGCGCGCGAGAGGGAGCAGAUAGCGCCGGAGCUGAGAUUAGUGACGGAAAUCGAACCAAAAGAAGAUUGGAUAGCUUUGGUCAAAGCUGCUGCUGCAGCAGCAGCCAAGAACACAGGAAGUAAACCUAGAACCAGUGCAAACAGCAAUAAGGAUAAAGAGGAUCGAAAAUGGCUAAAAGUUCCUUCAAAAAAGGAAGAAACCUCAACCUCUACAAUCAUGCAGGAAGUCCAAAAAAAGGAAGAGGAGCCUACAUCUAGUGACACAUUUGUAGGAUUUCCUGUAGUGGAUGUUCCAAAGAUGGCCUUUGUGCAAGCAGAGAGCACGUUAUCACACAAGAGGAAAAGUAAUCUAGGCAACUCAUUUCAGGCAAAGAGAGCUCGUCUUAACAAGAUCACUGGUUUAUUGGCAUCCAAAGCCGUUGUUGCAGAUGGUGCUGAAAAAAAGGAAGGCAACAAAGAAACAGCUCCAGUCCUGGAGCAGGAGAUUUCACCUAAACCACAAAGUCAGAAAAAAAAUGAAGCUGAUAUUAGCAGUUCUGCCAACAUUCAGAAACCUGCACUGUUAUCCUCAACUUUGUCUUCAGGAAAGGCUCGCAGCAAGAAAUGCAAACAAGAAUCUGGAGAUUCUUCUGGGUGUAUAAAGCCCCCUAAAUCACCACUUUCCCCAGAAUUAAUACAAGUCGAGGAUUUGACGCUGGUCUCUCAGCUUCCUUCUUCUGUGAUAAAUAAAACUAGUCCAUCACAACCACUGAAUUCCCCUAGAUCCUACAAACAUAGUCAACGGAGAAGAAGAUCACAACGUUUAGCCACUUGCUCGUUGCCUGAUGAUUCUGUAGAAAAAGUUUCUUCUCCCUCUUCAGUUACUGAUGGAAAAGUGUUCUCCAUCAGUGCUCAAAACCAACAGCCAUCAAAAUUGGAGGUACCCGAUGUUGCUCAUAUGUCACUUGAGAAGCGUGGACCCUGUCUCCCUCUUGAUUUAAGCCGUAGUUCGGAAGUUUCAGCACCAUUAUCCACAGAAUCCACUUUCCGUAAUGAAUACCCCAGUAAAGACAAGGAAGAUAUUCAGAUGAUUACAUAUCUUUCUUCCAAAGCAGUAACUGAUGGAAGAGUAGCUACAACAGCGUCAGCACCCUCGUCCCAUGUACAUGCCUUACAUCUGGAAAUGCCUUUAACCAGUAGUCUAAAGUUACCCAAAGGGAGUAGUAAAAAAAAGAGGUCUUCCACAUCAGUGAGCUCUGAAGGGACAGAGAUACAGUACUCUGUGCCCAUAAAGGAGAAAUGUUUUGAGAGUCUGAAGGAGAAAAUAUUAAAGAACGUGAUUGAGAAGGACAAGCAUUCAGAAGUUGGUGCGGUGAGAAUAGAAAGAAAAGGAAAACUGGAAGAGAAGAGUUCCACAACAUAUGGUAAGAGGAAAGAAAAGGAAAAGGACAAAAAAGAGAAAAAGGAGAAAGAUCAUAAAUCAAAACAGAAAAAGAAGAAGAAAAAAAAGAAGAAAUCUAAACAGCACGAUUAUUCGGAUUAUGAAGAUAGUUCUGUUGAGUUCUUGGACAGGUGCUCUUCUCCAUUAACGCGGUCCUCAGGAAGCUCUUUGACUUUGCGCAGCAUGUUCUCAGAGAAGAAUACAUCAUACCAGUAUCCAAGAGCUAUCUUGUCUGUUGACCUGAGUGGAGAAAAUCUUUCAGAUGUUGAGUUCCUGGAUGAUUCCUCUACAGAGAGUUUGUUGCUUAGUGGUGAUGAAUACAAUCAGGAUUUUGAUUCAACUAACUUUGAAGAGUCUCAGGAUGAAGAUGAUGCUCUCAAUGAAAUUGUUAGAUGCAUUUGUGAACUGGAUGAAGAAAAUGGCUUUAUGAUUCAGUGUGAAGAGUGCUUGUGUUGGCAGCACAGUGUAUGCAUGGGAUUGUUAGAGGACAGCAUUCCAGAGCAGUACAUCUGUUAUAUCUGCAGAGACCCACCAGGUCAGAGGUGGAGUGCCAAAUAUCUUUAUGAUAAAGACUGGCUAAACAACGGACACAUGUGUGGAUUAUCAUUUUUGAAAGAAAACUACUCUCAUCUUAAUGCCAAAAAGAUUGUGUCAACCCAUCACCUACUGGCAGAUGUAUAUGGUGUAACAGAAAUACUGCAUGGACUACAGCUGAAGAUUGGGAUAUUGAAAAAUAAACAUCACCCAGACCUUCAUCUCUGGGCUUAUUCAGGGAUGCGAAAAGAACAGGAACAAAUAACUCUUGGGGUAGAGAAAAAGAUAGUGACUUUGCCAGAUGCUGUUAAUCUGACUGAAAGGACGUGUCACAGUCAAAACCAUAAAGAGACACCUAGCUUACCCCAGAAGAUGGAGGAAACAUACAUCACAAGUGAGCACAGUUACCAAAAACCACAGAGUUUUGGUCAAGACUGCAAAGCAGUCACUGACCCUAUGAGCUCAGAUGAUGAAGAUACAAGUAGUUUUGACGAAGACCAGGAAUUUUGUUCAGAGAAUAAAAACUGUUUACAGUAUUCUUUUAAAGAUGAUGGCAUGAAUGAGCAGAAGAAUUCUGCUGAAGGAAACACUGUGUUUCUUUGUAAUGAAAGAAAAGGCUCAGAGGAACAAGUGGACACGCAUCUUCAAUGGCAGCUAAAUCUCCUUACCCAUAUAGAGAAUGUACAGAACGAAGUCACCAGCAGAAUGGACCUGAUUGAAAAGGAAGUUGAUGUUUUAGAAAGCUGGCUGGAUUUCACUGGAGAACUGGAGCCACCAGAUCCUCUGGCAAGAUUGCCUCAGCUCAAGCGACGUAUUAAACAGCUCUUAAUUGACAUGGGGAAAGUACAGCAAAUAGCAACUCUUUGCUCUGUAUGACAAAAGGAAGAAUAAAGAAAUGAAAAUAGGUUCUCUACGGUGAAUUUUCUUAUUAGCCACAAGACUGACAGGAAGACAGCAAAAAGCUGAGCAUUUAUAUAGUUCUUUGCUGAUUACAUUAAUAGCCUGAAGCUUUAGAGAGAGGAGAGGAAAUCUAGAGUAAGAAAUUUGUUGUAUCGAAAACCUGAAUAUUCAAUGUCCAAACCUCAAAAUGUAAUAUAUUACAUACUGAGAAAUAUUGAUUUGAUCGUAACGUGAAAAACAAGGAAACUUCUGCAUACAAGAAAGCUGAACAAACACUCUGCGAAGAACAGUGCUACUAUUUUGAAACCUUUGACAGAAAAUUCUAAAUUCAGUAUUCAACUGACUAAAAGUUAUUGAGAACUGUAUUUUCAGUUAAUUCCUCUUAUCUUGCUAGUGAAAGAUAGACACAGAGAGAUCUGUAUCCUCUCUACAAGAAAAUUUAUAGAUUAUUUCCUUCUCUCGUGAAUGUUCAGGAAAAUGAGCAUACUAGCUUUGAUUUUGAAAGAAACUACUUGUCAUGGUCUCCUUUUUAAAGUAUUUUUUUAAAUAGAAAUCCUUAUUACAGCACCCUUAGGCUCCUUUCAAACAUAAGUGGCAAAUAGUGGUCAGAUGUGCCAAAAAAUAUUUACAACCACUGGGAUGAGAUUUUUAUUAUGGCUUACAUGAAGGUUUUUUUCAAAGUCCUACUUGGUGCCAGCAAUCCACCCCAAAUUGUAUGUAGGUGGGUUUUUUGUUUUUAUUUUUAUUUUUUUUUAAUGUUCUAUGGCAGUAUUCAGAGUUCAAAGUACCCUUUUUGUCCUGGAUAGCUCUGUUCUGGUUUGUGCCCUCUAAAACUGUACCAUCCUCAGCUGGGAUGAGGAAUGACAAGAGAAGCAAAACUGUCUGUGGCUGUGAAUAUACUAAACCACUAGGAUAAAUAUCACAAGAUACAUUAUACAUUUUUUUUAUAAAAAUUUCCAGCUUCAGUGAAUGAAACAUCAUGAAACCAAAGGCAACCUAGUUGCUCUGUUAGCUCUUGCUGGUUUUUGAGCCCAGGACUUUCCCUGUGCUUAUAAGUUGCCGCUGUACCCAGUGCUACAUACAUACUUGUAUGUGUAUGUAUAUGUGUAUAGAUACACAUGUACAUAUAUACAUACUAUAUACAUUUAUAUCUACAUGUCUAGUUUUAUUACAAUAGACUAUAAGAACUGGUGGUUAACAUGAAAUGUUACCUUUUAACAAGCAGUUUCUAAAAUUGAAAAUAAUGUAUGUACAGGUUUUGAAAUUUGUAAAAUAUGACUGUUAAAAGGAGGCUAUUUAACUGAUGACAUUAAGAUACUUGAACAUUUUAUGCCUCGCAUCUGUUUAUCAGUUCUAGUUAUCUGUAUAAAUGCAUUUUAGAACCGAUAGACAGUAAACUUGAAUUUACCUUUUGAUAAGAGUACAAGCCACUGUACAUUCAAAAAUUAUUUAAAUUUGCAAACACACUGUUCUAUAUGUAAGGUACUGUAUGUAAAACUGUUUAUUAAAACUAUUCUGCAUACUCUACAUUUUCCAUUUUUCUUCCUGAUCUACAUACAAGUGUAAAAUGUGAUUACAAUAAUGUACAGACCAUCAAAAAUCAAAAAAUUUUGGACUGCCUUUUGAGGAUUCAUAAAAUUGAAAAAUGUGCCAAAGAUGGAUUAUCUGGGAAAGAUUUUGCAACCUGCACAUUGAACUUUCAUGAUAAAACCAUAACUGAGAAAGUAGCAUGGCUGGUUCAUUGCUAAAACAUACCUACCCUGACAUCUCCUGUCAGUCUGUCAUGUCUGAAGUAAGUUAUCACUCUUGAUGUCAAAAACAAAAUGUAAGCCUGUGUUAACAGAGUGGUUGCUAUUUAAAAAGUCUUGCCAUGUCAAGCUUAUAGGAGAUAUUACAGAGCUGUAUGAUAAUGGAGUCAAUUAUAGCAUCAUGAUCAGCAACUUCCUAAUACAGAAAGAAUACAGCAGCUGAGGAGCUGUUGACGUUUUUAUAGCAACUGUUAAUAAAUAAAGUACUGUGUUAUAUAGUUGGAUGCUUAAAUUACUGCUUAAACCAAUAUGAGUAGCUGAGUGACCUACUUGCUUUUUGAUAUGUGAGACUUUUAUAUAUUAUUCACUUGCUGCAUAUCACUGAAUGUGGUACUGUGUGUACUGUAUAAGAGAAGUGUAAAUCCCGGUGAAUUACUUUGAAACAAAGUGGAGUGUAUUUAGCUAAUUUAUACAGCAUACACUGUAGCAAUAUUAUGCAAUGUGUGUGCAUGUGUGUGAUGUAAUAUAACUGUAAAUGUUACUGAAGGUGGAGGUGUGCGGAGAGAUUCCAGGCGGGAGGAAGGGAAGUGCGGGGAUGGAGGAAUUUUCUGAAAAGGACAUCAUGAGGUCAGAGUUGAAGUUGCCCUUGUAGCUACUUGUGUUUGCAGCAGUCUCUAAAUUUACAUGAGUACGUAACCUUAUCCCUCAGGAUCCUACCUUUUUCAGGAUGGACUGUGCUUACAAAAACAAGUAAUCUGUUUAAUAUUUUUUUUUUUAUCUUCAUUUCUUGUGUAGUCAAUCAUUAUAAAUAGAGAAAAAAUCUUGCAAGCAUUCAUAUCUUGUAAAAAAAAAAAAUAUAGUUUCCUUAAGGACAGUGUUAUGAUACAUUCAUUGUGUGUUGCCUGAAUGCUUCACAAACUUGUCUUGGUUUGCUUUCUCAAAUUGUGACGUCAGUCUGUGACACAUGUAUGUUAGUUUUGGCCCCAGUUUCUCAAAUACUCAGAUGUAUGGGAUGCUUUUGAAGUUUUUUUUUUUGAACACUUACAAAUCAAGUGCCAUAAAAGUCUAAGUGUUUUGCAGAGUGUAGCCUACAGUUGAUUGCUUUGCUCGUGUGCCAGUCAAACCUGAUGUGAUCUGGUUGAUACCAGUAAGUCUUCUAGUUGACAUCAGGGGAAUCUUUUUUUUUUUUCUCUCUAGGCAUCAUUUUCCAUCUGUCUUCCUGCUUCCUCAAUAAAUAAUCCAGGGAUCUAUACACAGUCUCUUAGCAACAUCACUUACCUGGAUAUGAAUUGCAGUUUCUUGUGCUGUAUGGCAAAGGAGGCUGUCUUCGAGGAGGGAAUAAUAGUAUGUGGUGCUGUAAUGACAGUUUUUGAUGCUUGUGCUCAGAAAAGUAAAACAAAUGUAAGUUUUCAGCCUUCUUUUAACUUACAAGAUUUUAAGUAAUAAACAAAAGAAAUGCCAUUGGACUUCUUGUGAUUCCACAGGGCUAAAUGGCAAAUUUGUGGAGCCUUUAAAUGCCUAGCUUUUUGUCUGGAUUUCAUCCACACUGUUUUUUCUUAUGGAGAGUAUCAGGAAUGAGUUGCUUCAAACCCUUCUUCCUGUGCCCAUAACAUAGCCAUCCACAUCAGAAAUCUUGUGUUUUCAGUUGCAGUGGUGGCAGCAGGACAUCAGUAUUACAGUCAUAAAGGAAACAGUUUUGGUGGUGUUAUCAGAUAAUGUAUAUGAGGGGUUGCCUAUGUUUCAGUUAUAAAAUGAGAGUUGCUUCAAAUUGUAGGGCAGGGAAUGGGUUGGAAGACACUUCCUACUAACUCUGUUCUUGGGUAGCUGUAGGGAGGUAAUGCCCAUAUUUUGGAUAUUCUGGCCUUAGAUGCAUAGAUCUUUGUUCAAGUAUAGAGUAAUUUACAGCCACAGAAGUCCAUAAUCAUAUUUAGAAGAUGAGUUUUGGUUUCCUGAUGGUUUUCUUUGCUGCCUUGUGAAGAAUUGAAGCUGUUCUUCCAUGGGUGCAGUCCUCUUGUAGAGCUGACAUCCUCCCAUCUCUUCACCUGAUAUCUAAGUUUCUACAUGUGCUCCUUAUCUGUUUUCCACCUUGCAUCUGACUCUCCUCUUGUUCUUCAGUUUUCUGCACUCUGCCCUGUUUUGUGAUGCCAGGAGGGUUUCAAUCUUGUCCAUUUUUAUUUUCUGGCUGCUGGGGGAAGCGGUUCUAGGGAAAGGUCUCCUCUGCUCUUCUCUCUUACGUCUUAAGUGUCCUACAAGCUGUGUAUGGUCGGAUUGUCUGUACCGUGACAAAAUCUUCAGAUGGUUUUGCUGCCUUCCUCUAGUACACAUCUUCUGAUCACGUGCAAAUGUUGAUCUCCUCCUGCUCCCAUCUGGCUUCUAGAUUAUCUGGGCUCAAAUGAAUUCUACAAAAACAAAACAAAACAACCAAACAAAAAACUUACACUCUAGCUCCUUGCCAAGAUGGAGGUUUUCAUGUACAGGAGUCACUUGGGCUUUGCUGUGAAAUUACAAAAUGCUUGCAAAACAGAAUAUUUUUCCUCUGUAUUUGAAGGAAAACUGCAAAUAUUUUUUUUCACUGAGACUUUAAAAGACAGAAAACAGAUCCUGCACUGAGAUAACCAGAGCAUGAUGUUAAAAUCAGCCACAAAAUCAGAGAUGAGAAGCACUGCAACCAGGAGCUUCGUAACAAGAAGUGGGCAGCCCAUCCAUCUUGAGAUCCUCGCCUUAUUACCGUCUCUCCGGAGGUGCUGAUGUGUGAAGGGGGUCCUGCAAUUAUGCCCUUCAUUGUGAAUGGGAAUCACCUUUGCCACGUCAGUUUAACAGACUGGAACCUUGUGUUUUCUCUCUACUGCUUACAAAUGUUGCAGUCUGUCAGCCUUAAUUUCACAGUGCUUAUUAAAAUCAGAGGCUCUAAUCCAUUGCUAUCUUUGCAUUCAAUUCGCUGCUACUAUUCUUCCAUUUUACUGAGACUAUGUGGCUAUAGGUGAUCACUUUACAAUUUUUUUGAAAUACUUCAGUAAUGAUUUUUAUUAUACCGUGUUGUGUCCUGGGCGCCGGUUAUAGGGAUCUGUCUUUAGCAAUAACUAUUAUACACUAUGUGUAUAUCUGUUUAUAUAUGGAAAAUAAAUACGGAGCAUGUAACGACUGUGAAAAUAACCUGCACAAAGAGCAGAGUGAGCACUUGGCGGCCAUUCUGCACCAGCCUGAACAACUCAAAUGAAAAAUUGGAGACCGUGUGGAGAAAAUGAACUAGCAUGAAAAAUUAUUCAGGAGUGGAUUUCCCUUUACGUGCACAUGGGGCUGUGUGUAAGCUGUAGACGAGCCAGCCUUGAGUAACUGAAGCCAGUUCAAUUGCUGUUUGCUCAAGCAGCAGCUUCCUCUUCUGUAGAACUGGCGAGAGCCACUGUGUUCAGCUGUAGCCCUGUGCGUCAGU